CGCAUAGGUGGCCAGUGUAGCUGUCUCUCAUACGCUGUAAAUCAGGUCUUUUUCUACGCCAUUAUAUACAGGCGUGUUGUGUUUUAUUCGGAAUCAUCAAAAGAAUCACUAAACAUCCAAAAUGGUGAACUUCACAGUCGACGAAAUCCGUGCCAUGAUGGACAAGAAGCGAAAUAUUCGUAACAUGUCCGUCAUUGCUCAUGUCGAUCAUGGUAAAUCCACUUUGACCGAUUCGCUGGUGUCUAAGGCCGGUAUUAUUGCCGGUGCCAAGGCUGGUGAAACGCGUUUCACUGAUACCCGUAAGGAUGAACAGGAACGUUGCAUUACCAUCAAAUCAACUGCAAUUUCCAUGUACUUCGAGUUGGAAGACAAGGAUUUGGUCUUUAUCACCCAUGCCGAUCAGUGUGAAAAGGGACAAAAGGGUUUCUUGAUCAAUUUAAUCGAUUCACCCGGACACGUCGAUUUCUCGUCCGAAGUAACAGCUGCUCUUCGAGUUACCGAUGGUGCUUUGGUUGUUGUGGAUUGCGUUUCAGGUGUGUGCGUGCAAACCGAAACCGUCUUGCGUCAAGCUAUUGCCGAACGUAUCAAGCCAAUUUUGUUCAUGAACAAAAUGGACCGUGCAUUGCUUGAAUUGCAAUUGGACUCCGAAGAACUCUAUCAGACUUUCCAACGUAUCGUUGAAAACGUAAACGUUAUCAUUGCCACCUACAAUGACGAUAGCGGUCCAAUGGGUGAAGUGCGUGUCGAUCCAUCAAGAGGAUCCGUCGGUUUCGGAUCUGGACUUCACGGAUGGGCGUUCACGUUGAAACAAUUCUCCGAAUUGUAUGCUGACAAAUUCAAGAUCGAAGUUGUCAAGCUAAUGAACCGUUUGUGGGGAGAAAAUUUCUUCAACGCAAAGACCAAGAAAUGGGCCAAGCAAAAGGACGCCGAUAACAAGCGUUCAUUCUGCAUGUACAUUUUGGAUCCGAUCUACAAGGUGUUCGAUGCCAUCAUGAACUACAAGAAGGAGGAAAUCGAUAGUUUGUUGGUGAAAAUCGGCGUUACAUUGAAGCACGAAGACAAGGACAAGGAUGGCAAAGCCUUGUUGAAAAUUGUUAUGCGCACAUGGUUGCCAGCUGGAGAAUCAUUGCUUCAGAUGAUUGCCAUCCACUUGCCAUCGCCAGUCGUGGCCCAGAAAUACCGUAUGGAAAUGUUGUACGAAGGACCACUAGACGAUGAGGCCGCCGUUGCCGUCAAAAACUGCGAUCCAGAUGGUCCACUCAUGAUGUACAUCUCGAAAAUGGUACCGACUACCGAUAAGGGACGUUUCUACGCUUUCGGUCGUGUAUUCUCUGGUAAAGUUGCCACCGGUCAAAAGGCACGUAUCAUGGGUCCAAACUACACGCCCGGCAAGAAGGAAGAUUUGUACGAGAAAGCUAUCCAACGAACAAUUUUGAUGAUGGGACGUUACGUUGAAGCCAUCGAAGAUGUUCCCAGUGGUAACAUUUGCGGUUUGGUCGGUGUUGAUCAAUUCUUAGUGAAGACCGGUACAAUUUCAACAUUCAAGGAUGCCCACAACAUGAAGGUCAUGAAAUUCUCCGUAUCACCUGUUGUGCGCGUUGCCGUCGAACCCAAGAAUCCAGCUGAUUUGCCCAAAUUGGUUGAAGGUCUUAAACGUUUGGCCAAAUCCGAUCCUAUGGUCCAAUGUAUCAUUGAAGAAUCUGGUGAGCACAUCAUCGCUGGUGCCGGUGAAUUGCAUUUGGAAAUUUGCUUGAAGGAUUUGGAAGAGGAUCACGCUUGUAUCCCAUUGAAGAAAUCCGAUCCGGUUGUAUCUUAUCGUGAAACAGUCAGCGAAGAAUCCGAUCAGAUGUGUUUGUCCAAGUCGCCCAACAAGCACAAUCGUUUGUUCAUGAAGGCUUGCCCAAUGCCCGAUGGUUUGGCUGAAGAUAUUGACAAGGGAGAUGUUAACUCACGUGACGACUUCAAAAUCCGUGCCCGUUAUUUGGCCGAGAAAUACGAUUACGAUGUGACUGAAGCCCGUAAGAUUUGGUGCUUCGGACCCGAUGGAACCGGUCCAAAUAUCUUAGUCGAUUGUACCAAGGGUGUGCAAUACUUGAACGAAAUCAAGGAUUCCGUUGUUGCUGGUUUCCAAUGGGCCACCAAAGAAGGUGUGUUGGCCGAAGAAAACAUGCGUGGCGUUCGAUUCAACAUUUACGACGUUACAUUGCACGCUGAUGCUAUCCAUCGUGGAGGUGGUCAAAUCAUUCCAACAGCUCGUCGUGUAUUGUAUGCUGCUGCAAUCACAGCCAAGCCACGUUUGUGCGAGCCUGUUUAUUUAUGUGAAAUUCAAUGUCCUGAAGUUGCCGUCGGUGGUAUUUACGGUGUAUUGAACAGACGUCGUGGACACGUUUUCGAAGAAGCACAAGUCACCGGUACUCCUAUGUUCGUCGUUAAAGCCUAUUUGCCUGUAAACGAAUCAUUCGGUUUCACAGCUGAUUUGAGAUCGAAUACUGGCGGUCAAGCUUUCCCACAAUGUGUGUUUGAUCAUUGGCAGGUAUUCCCAGGUGAUCCAACUGAACCAUCGGCUAAGGUUUACCAGAUCGUGCAAGACACAAGAAAACGUAAGGGUCUCAAGGAAGGUCUGCCAGAUUUGGCUCAAUAUCUAGACAAAUUAUAAAUCCAUCAACUGUUGAGCACUAAGAGAUUUUUUUCGUUUUUUUUAUAUUUAAUUCUUGUACGACUUCAAACUUAAUUUUUCUUUUCAUUCUGGCUUUUCUUUGAUCUAAACAAAAACAACAAAAAAAAACAUAACGAAAGUACUGCUGCGCGAUACUCUCAUAUUAAAAUGUGGAAGUAAGCUACCAAGUCUCAUGGCUGGUAGCUGCGUUUUAAAAAAGCAACAUAAAUAAUGGUUUAAUGUUAUGUGAGAAACAUACCCGAAAAUAAACGGUUUAUUUAACGAAGAGAA